AUGACGACGGUGCCUGUCAGCGAAGUCAAGAGCACGCACGAUCGCUCAGCCAGAACCGCGGCGCAUUCCCAUAUCAAAGGACUUGGCCUAUCAAGCGAUGGACGCGCAACUCCCGCAGCUGGUGGCUUUGUCGGCCAAGCUGCAGCACGAGAGGCGUGUGGUUUAGUCGUCGACCUUGUCAAGGCGAAGAAGAUGUCCGGCAGAGCUGUACUACUCGCAGGUGGCCCUGGAACUGGAAAGACCGCAUUGGCAUUGGCUGUGAGCCAGGAGUUGGGUACCAAGGUGCCGUUCUGCCCCAUCGUUGGCAGCGAGAUCUACUCUGCCGAGGUGAAGAAGACCGAGGCGCUUAUGGAGAACUUCAGGAGAGCAAUAGGUCUUCGCGUCAAGGAAACCAAGGAGGUCUAUGAGGGUGAAGUGACAGAGCUUACGCCUGAGGAAGCUGAAAACCCGCUUGGAGGCUAUGGCCGCACCAUCUCGCAUCUCCUCAUCAACCUCAAGUCGGCCAAGGGCACGAAGAAGCUGCGACUCGACCCAUCCAUAUACGAGGCUAUACAGAAGGAGCGCGUCCGUCUAGGCGAUGUUAUCUACAUCGAAGCCAACACGGGUGCUGUGAAGCGUGUCGGACGAUCGGACGCCUACGCGACCGAGUUCGAUCUCGAGGCAGAGGAGUACGUUCCUAUACCAAAGGGUGAUGUUCACAAGAAGAAGGAGAUUGUUCAAGACGUCACUCUGCACGACCUAGACGUCGCCAACGCGCGGCCGCAAGGUGGGCAGGACAUCAUGAGCAUGAUGGGACAACUGAUGAAACCCAAGAAGACCGAGAUCACAGAGAAGCUGCGGUUAGAGAUCAAUAAGGUCGUUAAUAGGUACAUUGACCAAGGUAUCGCGGACCUGGUACCUGGUGUACUCUUCAUCGAUGAGGUUCACAUGCUCGACCUCGAGGCUUUCACAUUCCUGAACCGCGCCCUUGAAUCUCCCCUAUCACCUCUUGUCAUCCUCGCGUCGAACCGCGGCAACACACAUAUUCGUGGUGGGGAGAACCUGCCUCCUUCGGCGCACGGCAUCCCGACCGAUCUCCUCGCACGUCUCCUUAUUAUUCCAACACACCCAUACGGGCCUGCGGAAAUCAAGUCGAUCAUCUCCACCCGAGUUACGACCGAGAAACUCAACAUCUCGGGUCCAGCUAAGGAGAAGGUCAGCGCGCUUGGUGAGAAGAUUAGCUUGCGAUAUGCGCUGCAACUCCUGGCUCCAGCGAGUGUACUGGCAGAGGUCAAUGGAAGGGAGAAUAAGCAAAUCGAGGUGGACGAUGUGGAAGAAUGUCAAAACUUGUUCUUGGAUGCAGGAAGGAGUGCGCGGGCACUGGGCGAGACGAAUGGAUACAUUGCGUAG